AUGUCUGCACCAGUGAAGAAUGUAGUCGUCUUGGGUGCUGGCGUGGUUGGCCUCACCAUUGCAUAUGUUUUAGCUACUAGCCCAGAGGCAGAGUCGUACAAGAUCAAGAUUGUUGCACGCGACAUGCCAGAGGACCUCGACUCGCAGGCAUUCGCCAGCCCAUGGGCUGGAGCCAACUGGUCACCCAUGAGAGGAUUCAACAAGGACACGUUACGCAGGGAGAUCGCCACAUUCAACAAGUUCUGGGACAUGAUCCCGACCGGGCUUACACGAGCGCUCCCCUCGCGAGUCUACUACGACGACGACUCUGACCUCGCCAACUUGUGGUACAAGACUCUUGUGCGAGACUUCCGCGUGCUCGAGCCCAGCGAAGUACCCAAAGGCGCGAAGGGGGGCGUCAGCUUCAAGACCUUCUCUGUCAACCCCGAGGUGUACCUCCCGUGGCUGAAGCAGCAGCUGCAACAACGCGGUGUGGAGUUCAUCCGUAAGAGGAUGCACAGUCUCGGCCAGGCAGCUGCCAUCGUGGGUGCUGGCGGCGUGCUGGUGAAUGCCACAGCUCUUGGUGCCAGGUCGUUGAUCGGUGUAGAGGAUAAGGAUGUUUAUCCAAUCCGCGGCCAGACGAUUAUUGUCAACGCACCGGCUGUCGACGAAUUCCUUUCCUUCCCACUCGGGAGGCCAUCGGCGGACGGUGAUGCCACCUACAUAAUUCCGCGCCCCUCCCCGACGGGGCACGUCCUCCUCGGCGGGACCUACCAGGAAGGCAGCUGGGACACGUCCCUCGACUUCUCAUCGGCCCAGGGAAUCUUCGAGCGCUGCGCAGCGCUCGCACCCGCCCUCAGAGACAAGGAGACGCGCAUCCUCAGCCACAAUGUCGGCCUACGCCCCGCACGCAAGAACGGCGCGCGCAUCGAGGUAGAGUGGCUCGAUGGGUCGCACAAGAGCGAGCUGCUGCCAGCGUCGGCUGGCCCGGACGGUCGUGUGUUAAUCGUGCAUGCUUAUGGCUUCGGACCGGCAGGAUACCAGAAUUCGUGGGGAGCUGCGGAGGAAGUUGUCGCUUUGAUCAAAGGCAAUUUCAGUAAGCUGUGA